AACUUGACAAGUGUUCCAUGGAAGGUGGAAAACCCGAAGCUCCUUGGCUAAUGCACCCCGUGCAGUGCACGUGGCAGAUCACGCUCGUCUUUUUUCAACGGCUAUCCUUCUUUGCAAAAUGAAUGUGGCAGAAGAAGUCUGAGAUCCCCAGCUGGCCAACUCCAUUAUCACUCUACUAAGCUUGUUGAUGUUGAAUCAAUGGCAAUGAUUCGUCUUCGUUUUCUCUUAUCUUUUCCCCUCUUCUUCCUCUUCCAGUUCGUCCAAUUCCAUACUCUGCCAUUUGCUCUUGCUUUCGCCCUUCUCCACCCAAACGAUACCCACAUCCUCCAGGGUGUUCUGAAGGAGAUAUCCAAAAGGCGAAAUUGGGACUUUGAAGGAAUAACUACUUCCAAAUUGCAAGUGGCCAAAGUUAGAUUUGGUACUGCUCAGAGAUAUGAGUUCCGGAUCCGAUUCGGGAAGAAUGACUUGAUUCUCAAAUUCCCUGAUGAAGUGAGUUCUUGGAACAAGUUAAACAGAAAAAGGCUUGAUUUUGGAAAUUUUAUUCGGGAAGUUGGUUCCACGGCUGUACUUGACACAUUCAAAGUGGAGGGUCCUUUUGAUUUGCGUGUCGGUGGCCAAGAAGACCUCUCCUUGUUGUUGCCGCUGAAUUUUUCGCACAGCGGUUUAAAAAGGAUACUGGUGGGUGAAGGCAUCACAGUGGAAGUGAAAGGGGCUCAAGAACUCUCUCUUUUUCACACUUUUGACCACAGUUUCAUAGUGAAUGGAAGUUUUAAGAUUAGCAAGUGGAAAACUGGUUUCUGCUCCUUUUGGCAGUCAUUGUGUAUGCCAUUACUUCCUAUACAUGUUAUUGGGUCUGCAUCACUGAUUGCAUACAGGACUGGGAAUUAUGAUUCCCCUGUUAAAACAAAAUUUUUGUCUGAAGGGACAAUUGAAUUGCUACCUGCAAAAUGCUACAGUAAUAAUGAGUAUAAGAACAAUGUUAGGCUCAAUCAUUCCUUGAGUUUGAAGAUCAAUAUGCUAGGAAAAUCACUGAGGAGCUUUCUCAGUAACAGAAUGGGGCGAAAUUGGGUUUCAGGCUCUCUUAGAGCUAACGCUAAAGCAUCUAUUAUCAUUUGCUUUCAGUUGGAGAUAGAAAAGAAUGUUGGGAUUAAUGAAACUUUUCAUGAUGUUCUGGAAGACUGGAGAACAACACCAACAGUUGAACGUGUUUUGUUUGAAGUAAGGGCGAGAAUUGAAGCUGAGAAGCUGAGGCUACUGAUGGUUAAGAAAGUCAGACCUUUUAUUGCAGUAGAUUCAGUUUCAUGGAGUAAUUUAAUGUCAAAUAUUUCAUUUACAAAAUUCCCCUCUAUUCUUGUGCCUCCUGAGUCCCUAACACUGGGUGUGAAAUGGUAGUAUAAGCCUCUUUGUAAAUAGUGUUGAUUUGAGAAUAUCUACAUAUCAAGGCAAUAUACCUGUCAUUGAUGGCCUGUCCCUUGCUUAAAAUGAUGCCUAUACUGAUGUUGUACAUAAUGUUAAGAAAUUUUCCAUCAUACAAGAGGAAGUGUUGGCUUUGUUCAUUUUC